AUGGAGGAGAAUCAACAUCUCCUCCAACCACUUGUAUAUCCACCACCAAGCGCCACCGCUACCUCCUCCGUGGGGGUUGCCGCCACCACCACAACUACGCCACAAAGUCAUCAUGACAUCGAGGACGAUGAAACGAAUUCGAGCAUCCUUUUCCGGUUUGUUUUUAUGGCUUUCAUUGGCUUAGUCUCAAUAUGGGCAAACCAUGAAGCCUCUAAAGGUUUUGCCAUAACUAUUGUUAAUGACGCCGAAGCCGACAGUAUUCCGGCGAAGCGUUUCUCUCUCUUCUACAUGUCAAACGACGAAGCCACGCGUAUAAUCAUCAAGGCAAGCGAAAUUGCAGAAAAUUUUCUUUAUCCCAAUGAUAUGCAGGAUAAGAAGAAAGUCAACCGUGUUACACUUAAGCUCACCGGCCGGGAUCUUUCCUUCCCCGUGGUGGUUAACUCCAGCAAGGAACAUGAGUUCGUACUUCACUUGAGUCCUUCGACUAUGGAAGAGCAAAAUUUCAAACAUGCCAUGUUAUUAGCAUUGCAUCAAGGUGUGGCACGUAUAUGGUUAUGGGACGGUCAAGGUAACUCUCCACACAAUCUUAUAAAUGGUGUUGUAGAGUACAUUACUAGCAACUUGAGUGCUUCCAGCACAAAGUCAAACCCCAGCAAGGUCGAACCAUCAGCUUCCACCACUGCGUGUUGGAAGCACGAUGACGUUAAAGUGGUGGCGGAAUUCUUGAAUUACUGUGAACGCAGCCGGACGGGGUUUAUUAGAAGAUUAAACCAAGCAAUGAAAGAGGGCUGGCAUGAGGGAAAAUUGGACACUGCAUUGGGCAUGCCAGCUCAGAAUCUCUGUGCAAGACACAAUUAUUCAAAGUAA